CUGCCAGCGACUGCCAGUUGUCCAGCACCCUCAUGUCAGCCAUGUUAUUCUUCUGACCCAGCUGUCAGCAACAGGUCCUAUUUACAGAACUACAAAUUCCUUUUGUAAUAACUGUUUUCUACCAAAACGAGACUUCUGCGAAACGCCAGGAAGACUUUAUCUGGGUGUAAAGUAUUUUCCCCGAGGAAAGAGAAGAGAAAGUUUAUGUUUUAUGCUCGGUGAUGGCGAGAGAUAGCUGCGCGCUAACCAGCCAGGGUUGAAGAACGGGAGUCCCACCCGCCCUCCCUGCCACCUGCAGCCAUGAAUGGUGGCGUCAGUGUGUGGGCGAUCACUCCAGAAGAGAGGGACAAACAUGAUAAACAGUUUGACACCCUCUCUCCUGCCUUGGGCUACGUAUUAGGGGAACAGGCCAGAAAGUUCUUCCUGCAGUCUGGUCUGCCUUCCUCGGUGCUGGCAGAAAUAUGGUCCCUGGCUGACAUGAAUAUGGAUGGGAAGAUGGACAGGUUGGAGUUCUCCAUCGCUAUGAAGCUCAUCAAGCUCAAACUACAGGGCACUGCUCUUCCCUCGUCUCUACCAAUCAUCAUGAAGCAGCCCCCAGUGCCCGCCCCUAACCCGGCAUCAACUGGCACCAUGUCCGCCUCACGCUAUGGAAUGGGCUCCAUGCCAAACCUGUCCAUGUCCGGAGGCCUCUCCAUGCUCACCCCCAUCCCUGUGACCUCUAACCUCUCACCCAUGACCCCUAUGACCAGCCUCACCCCCAUGGUCCCAGUGGGGGGAGGAAUGACACCUAUGGUGGCGUCGUCGACGAUGCCGAUGCCCCUGCUGGUGCCCAUGGGCAGCCCCGCUCUGCCCAACGGCACCAUGGGUCUUUUACAGAACCUCCCACCAGGAAACAUGGGGACAGGCAUGCCUCUCACUUUACCCUACAACUCCUCUCCUCUGGGCUUCUCUCCUGGGGUGAACAAAGCUACUUCACUGCUAGAUCUGGGCUCAAGCAGCUCCAACUCUUCUUCUACCACGUCCCUGGCUGGUAGUUCUCCUAAGACUACUCCUUCUGACUGGGCUGUGCCACAUGCCUCACGCCUCAAAUACAGGCAGCAGUUCAACAGUCUUGACAAAAACAUGACAGGAUACCUUACAGGGCAGCAGGUGAGGAAUGCCAUGGCAACCACUCUGCUCACUCAAACACAGCUGGCCGCCAUCUGGAACCUGGCUGAUGUGGAUAAGGAUGGAAAGCUGAGGGGAGAGGAGUUCAUUCUGGCCAUGCAUCUAGUGGACAUGGCCAAGACAGGCCAACCCCUUCCGCUCACCCUGCCCACAGACCUAAUACCGCCCUCACAAAGGGCUGCUGUGAAUGGGAACAGGGUGUCCCCCUACGCUGGCAUCACCGAAGAGCUGGAGGCCGAGCCCCCGCAGAAAACCAAGAGCAACCUGUCUUUCGAGGAUAAGUUCAAGGCCAACCUGGAGCGAGGGAAUGCCGAGCUGGAGAAAAGAAGACAGGCUCUGCAGGAAGCACAGAGGAGAGAGGAGGAGAAACGCCAGCAGAAGGAGCGAGAGGAGCGGGAGAGGAGGGAGAGGGAGGCCAGGGAGCAGGAGGAGAGGAGGAAGAAAGAAGAGGAGAGGAGGCUGGAGCGGCAGAGGGAGCUGGAGAGGCAGAAGGAGGAGGAGCGACUGAAGGAGAUUGAGCGAAAAGAGGCGGCGCAACGGGAGUUGGAGCGCCAGAGGAAAGAGGAGUGGGAGAGGAGGAGGAGAGGUGAGCUGCAGAGCCAGAAGAAUCAAGAACAAGAAGACAUCUGCACACUUAAAGCCAAGAAGAGGAGUCUGGAGAUGGAGCUGGAAGCUGUGGGGAGCAAACAUCGACAGAUCUCUGAGCGGCUGCGUGAUGCUCAAACCAAGAGGAAGGUACAGCAGAGCGAGCUGGAGCUGAUCAAUCAGAGACGAGACGCGCGGCGACAGGACAUCAGCUCCCUGCAGAGACAACUGGAGGAGUACCAGAGGAAACUGUCCCAGCUCACUCCUGAACAGCUGAGGCUCAGUGAGAAACUGAGGAACAUGGCCCUCAACAACCUGCCAGCCUCCACCAUGACCACCCUGAAGUGCACCGCCAGCGAGAAGGACGGAGCGUGUCGCAAACUGAAGCAGCAGCUCGAUGCCCUGGAGAUUGAGACGGCUGCUAAACUGGCUGACAUGGACCAGUACCAGAACAACUUGCAGGAUCUCCGGGACAGUCAGCGGAAGCAGCAGUCUGCUCUGGACAAACUUCGGAGCAUCAAAGAGGACAAACGAAGAGAGCUGGAGAGACACAGGGAGCUAGAGGAGGAAAGGAAGAGGAGGGAGGAAGAGGAGGCUCUCCGACGUAUUAAGCUAGAGAAGGAACGUCAGUUGCAGGAGAAGCUGCAGCGAGAGGAGGAGGAGGAGAAGCGGAGGCUACAGGAAGAGAGGGAAGCCAAACUCAGAGAAAAGGAGGAAAAGGAGAAGCAGGCCCGCAUAUUAGCCGCUAAAGAACAGGCCGAAAGGGAACGCCGUCUGAAGGAGGAGGAAGAGAGGAGAGCGCAGGAGAGGAGGCGGCAGGAGGAGAGGAGGAAACGGGAGGAAGAGGAACAGAAGAGGAGGGAGGAGGAGAUGCACAAACUGGAGGAGGAGAGGAAAAGAAAAGAGGAGGAGCGGAGGGAAGAGGAGAGGAGGCGGCAAGAGGAGAGGAGGCGGCAAGAAGAGGAAGACCUGCGACGAAGAGAGGAGGAGAGGAAGAGAUUAGAGGAGGAGAGGCUGAAGCGAGAGAAGGAGGAAGAGGAGAGGAGGCGCCAGCGGGCAGCAGAAGCCGCAAUCCGAGACGCGGAGGAGAGGAAGAGAGUGGAGGAGGAGCGCAAGAGGAAGGAGGUGGAGAAGAGGCGUCAGGAAGAAGUGGACAGGAAGAGGCGCGAGGAGGAGAGGAGGCGACAGGAGGAGGUAGACAGGAAGAGAGCGGAGGAAGACCGGAAGAGAGCGGAGGAAGACAAAAAACGAGUAGAGGAGGAGAGAAAGAAGAAGGAGGAGGACGAGCGCAAGCUGAAGGAAGAAGCAAAGAGGAAGCUUGAAGAGGAGAUGAGGAGAAGAGAGGAGGCUGCAGCGCGACAGCAGGGUGUGGGGAAGACUAACAUCCACGAGAAACUGUCAGCCCUUCUCCGAGGACUAGAGGAGAGGAAAGGUGGUAUUCAGCCUCAGGCCACAGAGCACAGGAAGUCUGCUGCGCUCACUUCCUUCCGGGCACUCUACCCGUUUACGGCUCGCAACCAGGACGAACUGAGUUUCGAGGCUGAUGAGCUCAUCGAGGUGGAUGAGAGUACAGAGCGGGAGCAGGGCUGGCUGUAUGGUAUGGGGAAGGCAGGGAAGAUGGGAUGGUUCCCAGAGAGCUACGUGGAGAGACAAGCCAAGCCAGAGAGUCCUACUUCUGUUACUACAGCAGCCCCCACUGCUGCCAACCCUCUGUAUGCCAGUGUUGUUAAAAAGGCCCUCAAACCUCAGCUGUCCAAUCCUAACAAAACAGGUAAACCUGGGGGAGAUGCUGCCAUGCCAACGGAACAGAACUCUGCUUUCACUCCCACACAUGCCCCGAACCACGCCCCCUCGGAACAGAUACAGUUGGUGGGUAAUGUUCAGGCCCAGGCUCUGUGCUCAUGGACAGCUAAGACGGAGAGUCACCUGAACUUCAGCAAGGAUGACGUGAUACGGGUGUUGGAGCAGCAGGAAAGCUGGUGGCUUGGGGAGCUCAACGGGGUGCAGGGCUGGUUCCCCAAAACAUACGUCGCACUGCUGGGAGACAACGACCACACUAAUGAACCAACGUUUUCCCCUCCGGAUGGAUCUGAGGUGACUGAUGAGUACGUGGCGCUGUACACCUAUGAGAGCCCAGAGCCUGGUGACUUGACAUUCACCGAGGGUGAUGUCAUCCUGGUGACCCAGAGAGAGGGAGAGUGGUGGAGAGGGGGCAUCGGAGAUCGUACUGGGGUGUUUCCUUCUAACUACGUCAAACCCAAAGAAGCUGAUACAUCCAGCAGCUCUGGGAAGUCCGGUCAGCCUGUGAAGAAGCCAGAGAUAGCCCAGGUGAGCACAGCGUACACGGCCACAGGGACAGAGCAGCUCAGCUUGGCGCCAGGACAACUCAUCCUUAUUCUCAGCAAGAACCCCACCGGCUGGUGGCUCGGAGAACUGCAGGCCCGGGGGAAGAAGCGUCAGAAGGGUUGGUUUCCUGCCUCGCACGUCAAAAUGCUGGGGUCCAAUAGUGGGAAGUCCACGCCAGCGCCUCAACCAGUCUGUCAGGUUAUUGCCAUGUACGACUACAAGGCCGCCAACGAGGAUGAGAUGAGCUUCUCCAAAGGCCAGCUGAUCAGUGUGUUUGACAAGAACGACCCCGACUGGUGGAAGGGGGAGGUCAACGGGGUCACCGGCCUGUUCCCCACCAAUUACGUGAAGAUGACCACCACCGAGACCGACCCAAGCCAGCAAUGGUGUGCUGACCUGAACACUCUGGACUCCAUGACUCCCCAGGAGAGGAAGAGGCAGGGUUACAUCCACGAGCUACUCCAGACUGAGGAGAGAUACCUGGAGGACCUAACGAUAGUCAUAGAGGUGUUCUAUAAGCCGAUGUCCGAGUCUGGACGUCUGACCGAUGCAGAGAUGGCCAUGAUCUUUGUCAACUGGAAGGAGCUCAUCGCCUGUAACACCAAGCUACUCAAGGCCCUGCGUGUCCGUAAGAAGACGGGGGGCGAGAACAUGCCUGUGCAGGUGAUCGGGGACAUCUUGGCAUCGGAGCUGGCACACCUCCAGCCAUACAUCCGCUUCUGCUCCUGUCAACUGAACGGAGCGGCUCUGCUGCAGAGCAAGACAGACAACCAGCCAGACUUUAAAGACUUUCUCAAGAAAAUCGCCACAGACUACCGCUGUAAAGGCAUGCCCUUGUCCAGCUUCCUACUGAAGCCCAUGCAGAGGAUCACACGAUACCCUUUACACAUCAAAAACAUUCUGGAGAGUACCCAGGAGGGCCACGUGGACCGCGGCCCGCUCCGGGAGGCUCUGGAACGGGCCGAGGAGCUGUGCUCCCAAGUCAAUGAGGGUGUCAGGGAGAAGGAGAACUCUGACCGUUUGGAAUGGAUCCAGGCCCACGUCCAGUGUGAGGGAAUCACAGAGAACCUGGUGUUCAACUCCCUGACUAACUGCCUGGGGCCUCGUAAGCUGCUUCACAGCGGGAAGGUGUACAAGACGAAGAGCAACAAGGAGCUUUGGGCCUUCCUCUUCAACGACUUCCUUCUGCUCACAUACACCGGCAAACAGUUCAGCUCCUCCGGACCGGAAAAGCUGUUCAGCAACAAGAACAACAUCCAGCUUAAGAUUUACAAACCGCCUGUGUUCCUCAACGAGAUCCUGGUGAAGCUGCCAGAUCCCUCCAGUGAAGAACCCUUCUUCCACAUCUCCCACAUCGAUCGAGUCUACAGCCUCAAAACGGAGAACAUCAACGAGAGGACGGCCUGGGUGCAGAAGAUCAAAGCAGCAUCUGAGGACUUCUUAGAGACUGAUAAGAAGAAGAGAGAGAAGGCCUACCACGCUCGUUCCAUGAAGGCCAGUGGAAUCGGCCGGCUGUUAGUCACCAUCCUAGAAGCCACUGAACUCAAGUCUAGCAAAACCAGCGGUAAGAGUAACCCGUACUGUGAGGUGACCAUGGGAGCUCAGAUCUACACGUCCAGGACCUUAAAUGACACAACGAACCCCAAGUGGAACUUCAACUGUCAGUUCAACAUCAGAGACCUGUACCAGGACGUCCUCUGUAUCACCAUCUUUGAGAGGGACCAGUUCUCCCCUGAUGAGUUCCUGGGUCGUACAGAAGUUCCUGUUGCAACCAUAAAGAAGGAGUUGGAAAACAAGGGGCCAGCGACUCGCCGGUUGCUCCUCCAUGAAGUCCCCACUGGAGAGGUGUGGGUACGCCUUGACCUGCAGCUGUUCCAACAGAAAGCAUCCAAAUAAUCCCACGUGGGUCUACACUGAACGCCCAAAUUAGGACAUCCCCCAGCACAUCCGAACACAGGACAUCCAAAUAAGGACAUCCUGGUCUGCAGCCACAUGGAAUGGCGGGCUUGUAUCUAACCACUGGUUUGGAGUCAGCUACCUGUUCAUCAUCCAGUGGGUUUUUGGGGUGUGUUUGCCAGGUCCUAUGUUUCAGGUUAUGACCCUAAAGGGCUAAUGAGCUAAAGGGAACCCCUGCCUUCCACACCUUUACCUGAUCAGAGGACAGUUUAACCCUUUAUAUGUGACUGGUGAUGGACAGGGUGAGGUUGAUGUAACGCUGAUCCUAGACCUGUGUAUAAGAGCAGCUUCUAGCAGAAAUGUUUAUACUUGCACCUGCACAAAACUCUGCUGCUGACUGUUGCUUUGCCAAGUGUGUUGUGAACUCCACACAGGCCAAUGUUUGUUCCAACUGUAUUUAUUUAAUUACGGAUCGUCUUAACUAUAUAUUUGUUAGAACAAAAGUUUUUUGGUUAAAGUAAUAUAACAGUUAUUAAAUGAAGAAUAAUACAACUUAGGAAAGUGGUCUUGCUUGCCACUAUAGUUUACCACUGGAGGUCAGGCUUAUCUCAGGACUUAAGUGUUCCUUCUGCUGUAGUUUAUAUUACUGUAUCAAACCCUUUCUUUUCUUUGACCUCAAUUUUCUUCCCUUUUCUUUAGAAGUUUAUUAGCAAUCUGUGUCUGGAUAAAUACCAUGGCAAAGCUGAUCUAUUAUGGGUUUUAAAACGACUUUCACUACUCACUUCACUACCAACAUACUUCUGCCCAGUGCUGUCUUGCUAAACUGUGUUUCAUUGGAAUGCUUAACCCCCCCCCGCCCUUUUAAGACUGUAAAAAGGGAAGAGCCUCUUUAGUGUAUUUCGAUCACUGUGAGGAUGAUCUGCACCAAGGGGACACGACACAGACCAACACUGGUCUCAGAUCUGCCAUUGCAUUUGCCUGCUUUGUCGUUGUCAAGCUUUACAGUGUCAUGAAUGUCAUGGGUAGUUAACGAGAUAGCAGAAAUGAAAACCCAGCCUAAGAGCAGCACUCCUACUCCUGACAAUCUCAGUAAAUAUUGGCCAAGAUACCUCCAGUGGGCUCUAUAACCACUAGUGCCACCUGGUUGUGUAGACAUUGCUAGGUAGAUGGAGUUGCACUUAUUAAUUGUGAUUUAUGCGACUAUGACUAUCCAGAGGUUGUAAUCAUUGUGGCAUUGUAAACAGUGUCUAUAUCUUAUCUCGCUAGCCUUGAUAUUUUCCUAUAACAAAGGAUUUUGACAAUAGUAUUUGAAGGACAGUCCAUUAUUUAGAAGGCAGUAAUGGGUAAGUGAUAAGCUGGGUAUCUUAAGCACAGUACUCAUCUUUUAGACUUGCUGCUUUUUCUUCUAAAUCACCGUUUUAAUUUGAGCUGCACAAGUUUUGUUUUGGGUUUUAUUAAUUUGAGGUUUAGCUGUAAAACCUGUGUUGUGUGUCAAUGACGCUAUGUACUGAUUACUAAGUAUGGGUCCACAUUGCCACCCAGCAUGCAGUGUGUUCACUAUGGGCACAACUUGGCAUUCACCCAAUCAGGGUUCUUUAACCUUAAUAAAAAAGGAUUUAAAAAACUGUA